AUGGGCGCAGCGGAUGCCGUCGGCGGCACCGUGGACACGGGAGCCAGGGGAUGCAUCAAGGAGAAAACCUUCACCCCCAACAUAAUUAGCAGGAAGAUCAAGGAAGAGCCCAGAGAGGAUGUCUCCAUCAAGAAGGAGAAGAAGGAGCGGGACCGGGAUCGGCAGCGCGAUGGGCACGGCCGGGGCCGGGGCCGGCCCGAGGUUAUCCAGUCCCACUCCAUCUUCGAGCAGGGCCCUGCUGAAAUGAUGAAGAAGAAAGCAGGCUCCUGGGACAAGACGGUGGACAUGUCGGACUUUGGCCCUUCCCACAUCAUCAACAUCAAGAAGGAGAAGAGGGAGACGGACGAGGAGACGAAGCAGAUCCUGCGGAUGCUGCAGAAGGACGAUUUCCUCGAUGACCCGGGGCUGAAGAACGACAUCCGCAACAAGCCGGCGCAGCUGCCGCUGGGCCCUGCGGAGAAUACCUGCACCCUGGCUGACCUCCCCGAGGGGCAGGUGGGGAAACUGCUCAUCCGCAAGUCGGGGAAGGUGCAGCUGGUGCUGGGGAAGGUGACCCUGGACGUGACCAUGGGGACCCCCUGCUCCUUUCUGCAGGAGCUGGUGUCCGUCGGCAUCGGGGACAACCGGACGGGCGAGAUGAUCGUCCUGGGCCACGUGAAGCACAAGCUGGUGUGUUCCCCGGACUUCGAGGCUCUGCUGGAGCACCGGCACCGGUAGCCCAGGGGGAGCCGGCGGGGGACCAGCCCCACGCCCACAGCCCGUGGGGAACGAUCCCUGCAGUUCGGGGACCCUGCAGCGCCCCAGCUCUGCCCUCAGCCCCUCCAGCCUUGCCUUCGGGAUGUGGAGAGGUGUCUUCUUGCAGGUGUGGGCGCAGGGCCAGCUCCUACCUCCUUCCCGGCCCUGCAGUGGAGCAGCACCGGGGCUGGGGGCUCCGGUUCCGUCCCCCAGACCCACUGCCCCGCCCUGUGCAAAACCGGCAGGGGCCGGGGCUGCCUACAUCUCACAGACUUCUGGAUAUGCGGGACCGUGGCGUGUGUCCCCCCCCGCCCCGGGCUCUCCAGCAGCCGUGCACGCGCUGGGGAGAGCAGGACACGUGCCUGUGGGGAGAAAUGCGGAAUAAAAACCUCUUUU